AUGGCGACUGAAACAUCAGAUCAGUCUGGAAGUAGUGACGCCAACAUUUAUAAGGAUCUCCAAUCAUAUCCAUGGAGUACUGAUAAUGAGUUCCAGGGUGGUCUUUCUGCUAUACUGGGCAAUGCAUCUUCUCCUGAACAAAUUCGAGAAUUGACACUUCGGGCUCAAUGCUUCUAUCUUUCUCGAAAGAGGAAAAUUAACAUCAAUUUCGAUGAAUAUAAAGCAUAUCUUGCCACCCAUCCAUCCACGCCUUCCUCUACUGAUGUUCCUGCGACUACCACCGUACUCUCGGAUCCUACUUCGUCCCCCAACACUUCACAUCCCCAUCAUGAAAAUGACCUACCCCCUGCUAGUACCACAGAUGAUCAAAAGACUGCACCAUACCCUCAAUCUUUUGCUGAGAUCGUUGCUUUGAUCACAGCCGGUGGUACAAUCCCGGGCAUCCGUGACAUUCCCGAUACAGUUCUUACGGAUCAGGGUACCAAGCCAGUUGCACGAAAGCGCCGUAAGCCAUGGGAGAAAGACGUUGAUGAGGAGGCCAUUCAGGGUGGUGGAACUUUUGGCGAUCACAGAGAUAUCAUUAUCCAACAAGAAUAUCCCACUGAUGUAUAG